AUGGCUGAGUACCAAGCGCAGCACACCGAGUCCACGAGACCAGAUCAAAACGAGACAAUCGAGGUUCAAGAUACGAAUCCCGCAGAUACUCAAUGUAGCUCUCGUCAAAGCUUGCUCGACUCGGAACCAUGCCCUUCACGACGACGCUUCACUCUAUGGCAGAGCAUCGGGCUCUUUAGCUUUCUCUCCCUUGUACUUGGAACCGCUUUCACCCUUGCUUCAUGCGGCUUUCUCGUUUAUCUCUGGCGUGGUGCUGAUCUAGCGCAUGGUCGCAAUGAGCCGCAGUUCUGGAAGACCAUUGUCACAGGCGGUUGGGCCGCCAGAGUCGCCACUAUCUGUUCUGCCGUCAUACGCACUUCCAUCGCAGUCCAAGUUGGCGUUGUCUCCUCUGCACUGUCGGCUAUUAUACUUGAGACUACAGGCGUUCGCUUUAGUGAUGUACCUGUGCUGUCCUUCGAGAGAGCUUCAAAGUCGGGCUUCGUCAACAUCUUCCCAGCAGUCCUCAGGCAAACUGCAGGGAACCCAUUAAGCAUCCUGUACUCAUUCAUCAUUAUCUUGGGCUUGACUAUCAUGGCGAUCUCGACAUUCUUCUCCACCAUUCUCCUCUCUGACUUUACUACAGCAAAGGUCGCCUCCCCAGGCGUGACGCAUGACCGGGCUAUCGCCUCCAAACACCCGGCCGAUUGGCGCUUCAACUACGAGGGUCCUACGUACUGGGGAUCCAAGCCAUCUGCCCAAUGGCGCUUCGCAGAGGAUCGAAUUGGGAAGUCCCAGUACGGUGACACUGGUGAUGUUUAUCGUGCCAUGCUGCCAUUUUCAGGAGCGGCCUCGAGAACAUCGCUUGAGUCCUACAACGGACCUGCUCUAGUAGCCAAUGUCCGUACCGUUUGUCGCGCCCCUCCGUUGCAGAACUCGAGUAUUUCUGCCCACGGAAUGAUUAGUCCGCACUUCGGAGACCCGAAAGAUAGCGUGUCAGCGAUUCUGAAUACGACAGGGCCGUCUGAGUGCAUGUUGUAUUGUCGAGAUGAGGGCGAACUGACAGGUUGGCCUGUGUCUCUAUGCGACUAUUCCGGCUCUUUCAUGCCCCAGCCCAAACUUGCAAUAGAUCCCAAGACGGGGAGGAAACACAGCUUCCAGGCAAUGCUCGUCGUCAAUUCAACGACCAACGUUGCUACUGGCGGGUUUAGGGAUACUAAUGGAGGACCCCCACCCAAACGUCUACGGAAUCUGACUUAUGAGAUGGGGGAUGUAUGGACCAAAGCAUACGAUACCAAUGGGGAUCAUGUUCUAAGUGCUUCGUUUUGUUUCUUCAACACAUACCCUGCACAGAUAUACAACGUCAGCAUGACCGGGCGUCAAACGACUAAGGACCCCAGCCUCAAUGCUGGCAAGAUUGACAGGGCUCAUCUCCAACUUGGGAACAAGGAAGAUUCCACGAAGCGCGGGAUUCUUGAACUCGAUAUCGGACCGCGCCUGAACGUCAGUUCUCGUCUUGUAGACUUUGUCGAGGGAGUUCCGAUGGAAGAUGGACCGACGCACGAUCCAUACUACAGGACUCUGAGGCUCGAACAUCCAUCAAUGUCCAGCACGACUUGGGGUAUGAUGUCGCCAGCACAGGAAGUCGAGCAAGGAUGGGCAUCAAAUCCUGCACAUAUCUCACUCUUCCAAAGUAUCAUACAGGAAACGGAAGAUCCUGCCAUGGCGGUUCAAGGUCUGAUGACUCGGCUGUAUCAGAUGGUGUAUUACAACUGGCUUGAAGAAUAUGACCUCAAAUACCCUGUGAACACUAUACACACGCAAGAUCGGCUUAUACCGACUAGGUGGACUGGGCUAAUUAUUGUUCUCAUUCUUGUUGCGGUACAUCUUGGGCUCGUCUUUUCAACGAUUGCUCUUUUUAUGCUAAAGACGAAGGCUUCAGCGCUUGGGAAGACAUGGCAUACUCUUGCGCAGACAGCACAAUUGACUGACUUUGCCGACGGGGCUAACAUGAUGCUGGAUGAUGAGGUUGAGAAGUGGGCGAAGGUGACUGGUAGGGACAGCGAUGUCUGUGGUAUCAAGAGGUCGGGCGAGAAUGGCAAAGUUGAAGUUCAAUUGUUGAGGAAGAGGAGCUGA